AUGAAGGUCGCCAAUAGCAGCGUCGUGACCACCGCGGGUCCCAGCUGCACGCUAAAAGCUGGCAAGGCAGCGGGCGGCACGGGAGAGGUGGUGCGCUGCCUGUCAGAGCAGAGCGUGGCCAUCUCGCGCUGCGCGGGAGGUGCGGGAGGCCGCUUGCCCGCCCCCCUGGAUGAGCAGCAGGUGAACGUGCUGCUCUACGACAUGAACGGCUGCUACUCGCGUCUCAAGGAGCUGGUGCCCACACUGCCCCAGAACCGAAAGGUGAGCAAGGUGGAGAUUCUCCAACAUGUCAUUGACUACAUCUGGGACCUGCAGCUGGAGCUGGACUCCCAGUCCACCGUCGGAGUCCCCGGAAGCCGGGGGCUGCCCGCCCGGGCUCCGCUCAGCACCCUCAAUGGCGAGAUCAGCGCCCUGGCUGCCGAGGCAACCUGUGUUCCAGCGGACGAUCGCAUCUUGUGUCGCUGA